CUUCCUUACCCCCCCGGCCCUCACCGGCUGCAGGCGGUGGAGAAGCCCCUCAGAGGCCCCGGUGCUGCGGAGGCCCCGCAACCAUGGCCGAUGGCUCUUCGCCCACCCCGGAGCAACAGGACACCGUGCAGUCCGAAGACACCUUGGAGUCCCAGGAUACCCUGCAGUCCCAGAACACCCUAAAACCCCCUCGCCACUUCUUUGUCUCUCCCUCAGGGUACCUCAAGUGCCACACCGACGAUGGCCCCGAGGCGAAGGAGGAGACGGCCAGCGAGGAGCUCUACGACACCGUGAACUCCACCAUCGUCUCUGCCGACAGCAUCCGCUUCUUCGUCAACGUCAACCUCGAGGGAGCUCCCCGGGCCACCGCUGAAAGUGAAAGUGCUGGCUGCAGUGUUACUGCACACAUCAAGGAAGUACCUGAAAUUAAGAAUUUUGAGGAGGAAGUCAGAGCCCAGCGAGACCUGGAUGGGUUCCUGGCCAGAGCCAGCAUCAUCCUGGAUGAAACAGCCACGUCCUUGGACGAUGUUCUCCGGGAGAUGCUGAGACACUUUGCGGAGGAUCCCGAAAACAUGGAGCCGAGCUGCAACUUUGAAAAAAUCAUGAGCACUUUAUUCACAGAUUCAGGGACCCCACGGGAAGGCAACGUUCACCUCUUAUCAGAUACGAUCCAAGGGGUCACAGCAACAGUCACAGGGGUGCAGUAUCAGCAGUCCUGGCUCUGUAUCAUUUGCACUAUAAAGUCCCUUCAGCGACGUCACGUUUGCAUCAGCCGCCUGGAGAGGCCUCAGAAUUGGGGUGAAAACUCCUGUGAAGUGAGAUUCGUGAUACUGGUCCUGGCUCCUCCUAAAAUGAAAAGCACCAAAACGGCCACAGAAGUGGGCAGGACCUUUGCCACGAUGUUUUCCGACAUCACCUUUCGGCAGAAACUCCUGGAGACCAAAACUGAGGAGGAGUUCAAGGAGGCCUUAGUCCACCAACGGCACUUGCUGACGGUGGUGAACCAGAGGCCCUCAGGGAGGAGCGAUGGGCACAAGUCACACGGUCAUAAACCACUCAAGCUGCACGAGUUUCUCAAUGUUGGCAAGGGGAUUUCUGAUGACAUUGCACGAAGGUUUCCAGUGUACGCGUUGGACUUCACCGAUGGUGUUAUUGGAAACAACAAAGCUAUAGGAAAAUACAUCACCACUAUGAUAUUUCUGUAUUUUGCCUGCCUCCUUCCAUCCAUAGCCUUUGGGUCACUCAAUGAUGAAAAUACACGAGGAGCUAUUGAUGUGAGGAAGACAAUCGUGGGUCAGUGCAUUGGGGGGCUGCUCUACGCCCUCUUCUCGGGGCAACCUCUGGUUGUCCUCCUUACUACAGCUCCUUUAGCACUCUACAUCAAUGUCAUCCGAGGAAUCUGUGAUGACUACCACUUGGAUUUCAGUGCUUUCUAUGCCUGGACUGGACUGUGGAACAGCUUCUUCCUUGUGAUGUACUCCCUCUUUAAUUUCAGCCUUCUGAUGAAGCUCUUUAAAAGGUCAACAGAAGAAAUAAUUGCACUUUUUAUAUCCAUCACAUUUGUGCUUGAUGCCAUCAAAGGCAUUACGAAAGUUUUUAAGAAAUAUUACUACUAUGGGAGCACAGGAGACAAUUACUUGGGAAAAGAAGGAGCUGAUGCUAUUUCAAGCCUCGGCAUCAAUACCACCUUCUUGAUGAAUUCAUCAGUGAGCAGAUCCAUGUCCCUAGAGAAUCAGACAUGCACUCAUGGUGUGCAUUAUGGACGUGAAACUGCCGUCCUUAGUCUCAUGUUGAUGUUGGGUACCCUUUGGCUUGGCCAUACGCUCUAUCAGUUUAAGAAAAGCCCCUAUUUGCACGCGAGAGUCCGUGAGAUUCUGUCCGACUGUGCCUUACCCAUUUCAGUCCUGACUUUCUCUGUUGUGGGUUCCUGCAUCUUCAAGGAAAUCGAAAUGUCCAGUUUUAAGUACGACACGUCUGACAGCUUGUUCGUGCUGGCCCCUGUGCAGUCCCUGUCCAUCGGGUCGGUGAUGAGCGCCAUGGGCCUGGGCUUCCUCCUGUCCAUGCUCUUCUUCAUCGAGCAGAACAUUGUCGCCUCGCUCACCAACGCCCCGGAGAACAGGCUGGUGAAGGGCACAGCUUAUCACUGGGACCUCCUGCUCGUCGCGCUGAUCAACACGGGGCUGUCCGUGUUCGGCCUGCCCUGGAUCCACGCGGCCUUCCCACACUCCCCGAUGCACGUCCGGGCCCUGGCCUACGUGGAGGAGAGGGUGGAGAGUGGGCACAUCUAUGAGACGAUCGUGAGCGUGAAGGAGACCCGGCUGACGAGUCUGGUGGCAAAUUUCUUGGUUGGGCUGUCGCUGCUGCUCCUGCCUUUCCCUCUCCAGUGGAUCCCAAAGCCGGUCCUCUACGGCCUCUUCCUCUACAUUGCCUUGACCUCCAUUGAUGGGAACCAGCUCUUUGAGAGGGUGGCUCUGCUGCUCAAGGAACAGACCGCGUAUCCUCCGACCCAUUACAUCCGCAGAGUGCCCCAGAGGAAGAUCCACUAUUUCACCGGCCUGCAGGUCCUGCAGCUCCUCAUCCUCUGUGGGUUUGGGAUGUCACCGCUGCCCUACAUGAAGAUGAUCUUCCCACUCAUCAUGAUAGGGAUGAUCCCCAUCAGGUAUAACCUGCUCCCAAGGAUCAUCGAAGCCAAGUACUUGGAUGCUAUGGAUGCAGAGCACUAA